AAACCUCUGUAAUCAGUCAGGUUUCACAUGAUACAAGUCAGUAUUCGACAGUAUGUGAGGAUGUGGAGAGAUGAUAUGGAAACCGGCCACUAGGGGCAACAGAGAGCACUGACCUUCAAGUAGGUUUCAGUUUUGAAAGGACAUUGUGGACUGGGAUGGCGGAUGGGUAGUAGUUGUUUACAUUUUUGUUUUAAGCCUAUCCCAAACCUUAAUCCCUUACCUAAACCCUCCCCUUAACCCUUACCUUAACUCUUCCCCUUAACCCUUCCCUUAACCCUUUCCCUUAACCCUUUCCUUAACCCUUACCUUAACCCUUUCCCUUAACCCUUACCUUAACCCUUAACCCUUACCUUAACCUCUUACCUUAACCCUUUCCUUAACCCCUUACCUUAACCAUUCAGAGUUAAAGGGGGUGCAUCAUGGAGCAGCACAGAGCUCUUGUGAAGGAAGUUGUGAGUUUGUGUUUAUACAGGACCUUCCGCACCCACCUAUCAUCAACCAAUCAUGUCAAUGUGUCAACCAAUCAUGUCAAGCUAUACCCAGCCCUCCGCAUUGUUACAACAUUUGAGAGGCUCACAGCGAUGCGGUACGGAGCUUCGUUUGGCCUCUGCAUGCCUCCAGAGGCUCCGCAAUUGCGUUACACCCUCCAUAUGAAGCCUUCGACCACAUUUUCAUAUCAAGCAUAAUUUGGCUUUUCAUGCCUAACCUUAAGAUUUUGGAGUUAUUGCCCAAAAUUAACCUUAAACACUGAAAUUUGACGUUUGGAACAACUUUGAAAUGUGAUGUUUGAGAAACAUGGCUGUACGUCUAAUUCUGAUAUGAGACUGUGAGAUCUAGUUGCUGUUCUAUGCUGCAGCUAACUUAUUCAUGCAUGCAAAUCAAUCUCCUCACACAAUCACAUGCAGUAUGAGGCACGUAUAUUCACAGUAAAUCUAUAGACAUACACAUACAUCCAUCCAAACACACACACGCAAACAAACACACACAUAAACACACAAACGUGGCCGCUUCACCCUUCAUGUCAUGCGUGUAAAUCAGUGGGGUGAUGGUGCUGUGUGAGAGAGGGGGUGACAUGUAUGAUGAAGUGUGUUUGACGGUACGUGUCCGGUCGUUAAAUGAUGACCAGGCUUAUCUAGAGCUAAUUUGUGGCCAGUUAAAGGACCAUUGCUGAACAUUUAUCCCGUCACAGCCCUGAGAACAGAGCAGAGCCGCACUGCAGCAGCUCAUCAGCACUCUCUCUCCACCUCCCUCUAUCGUUUCCUCUCCAUUUUACUUCCUCCCUCUGUCUUGCCAUCCUUCUACUUCGGUUUCUCUAUUUCCCCUCCUUUUGCUUUUGUUCCCUAUCUAACUCUCUUCCUCUCUUUCUCUACCUCUAUCUGUCUCUUCCUCUCUUUCUCUACCUCUAUCUGUCUCUUCCUCUCUUUCUCUACCUCUAUCUGUCUCUUCCUCUCUUUCUCUACCUCUAUCUGUCUCUUCCUCUCUUUCUCUACCUCUAUCUGUCUCUUCCUCUCUUUCUCUACCUCUAUCUGUCUCUUCCUCUCUUUCUCUACCUCUAUCGAAUGCACUCCAUCCUUUUCUCCCUCCUUUUCCGUUCUCUCCAUCCUCUCCUUAUCUAUUCUCUCCAUCCUCUCCUUAUCUAUUCUCUCCAUCCUCUCCUUAUCUAUUCUCUCCAUCCUCUCCUUAUCUAUUCUCUCCAUCCUCUCCUUAUCUAUUCUCUCUAUUCUCUCCAUCCUCUCCUUAUCUAUUCUCUCUAUUCUCUCCAUCCUCUCCUUAUCUAUUCCCUCUAUUCUCUCCAUCCUCUCCUUAUCUAUUCUCUCUAUUCUCUCCAUCCUCUCCUUAUCUAUUCUCUCUCUCUCUCUCUCUCUCUCUCUCUCUCUCUCUCUCUCUCUCUCUCUCUCUCUCUCUCUCUCUCUCUCUCUCUCUCUCUCUCUCUCUCUCUCUCUCUCUCUCUCUCUCUCUCUCUCUCUCUCUCUCCCUCGAGAGUGAAGAGUCACCCCAAUUAAUUCCGCCCCUUUUGCUUUCAGCUCAGGAAAAGCAGAGGGAGGUGUGUGUGUGUGUGUCUGACACAUCAAUCGGUAGUGGAAAUGUGUGUGUGUCAGGUGUGAAGCAUUGCGUCAGGGGGGUGUGUUGCAGUGGGGGCGGGUCUACUGUGCUGUCAGUCAGUGAUGUGCAACGAGCACGUGCGCCGGUCAUGAUUGGGGAGAGGUUGUGUGUCGGUUAUCUGGCCGACGGCUGGGAGAGCUGCAAGCGCUGCAGCUCUAUGAUGCUGUGUCUGCCUGCUGACUGUGUGUGCUCUGCUGCAAUCUGAAUCCUAUAGUGAAUAAUGCAGAGAGCAGCGGAGACGAUAGCAGCUGAAUGAAUAAUGCAUUGUGCUGGUUUACUAGCACUGCUGUUAGCUUAGCCAGAGCUGGAAGGAACCUGUGGCUGACUCUGUCUCACUGUCUCUGACUAUCUGACUGACUGAUAAAAGGAGAACAUGUCCCACUACCAUUUCAUCAAAUGCUGUUGUUUUCAGCUAUGUAACGUGUUUCGUCAGAACAUGGAGAUCGACCAGUGUCUGCUGGAGUCUCUCCCGUUUGGCCAGCGCCAGCGGCUGGUCAGGAGAAUGCGCUGCGACCAAAUAAGGGCGUACUACGAGCGGGAGAAGACCCUGCAGAAACCGGGAGGCGGAGGCGGAGGCGGAGUCAAGGUCAAAGCCCCGCCCACCAGCCACAGGAAGAGGCACCGCAUUCGCUUCAGCCUCGGUGAUGUCAUAACGGACGCCAUCAUACGGCACGAUGACAAAGAAGUGCUGUGUCUGCUGAAGGAGGGAGCUGACCCCAACACUCCUAUCUCCUCUGGAGGUUCUCUUCUACACCUGUGUGCUCGCCAUGACAACGUGUUUGCUGCAGAGGUUUUGAUUGAGCGAGGGCUUAACGUCAACCUGCAGGAUGAGGACCUCUGGACAGCCCUGCACGUGGCAUGUGUGUGUGACCACGCCGAUAUGGUGCUGCUGCUAUUGCUGGCUGGGGUGAAUGUUCUACUGCAGGAUGUGAACGGGAACAUUCCACUGGACUACACCACCGAGGGAACUGAGACCAGCUACAUCAUCCGAAAACACCUGGAGGAAAACGUUCCAGGUGUAGAUGUGCCGUCCAUGCACACCAUGCGUACCCAGAGGCCCAGCACCAUGUUGUCUGAUGUUAGACAGCUGGUCUCCAGCAGGGGCAGUCUCAACCUACGGAACGAUGACGGGGUCACUCUGCUCCACAUAGCGUGUGCUAGCGGCUACAGAGAGGUGGUGUCUGUGCUGCUGGAGCACGGGGUGGACCCUCAGCCCUCCGACAACAGCUAUUGGACACCUCUCCACCUGGCUGCCAAAUAUGGACAGACAAGCAUCGUUAGCCAGCUGCUGAAGCACAGAGCAGAUCCAACUCUCCUAAACUGCCACCAAGACAAGCCCUCAGGCAUAGCAGCAUCCGACCCCAUCAUGAACAUGCUGCUGAGAGCAGAGGAAUGCUGGGUAGAGAGACUGAAGGACCCCUCUGUCCCACCUGCCCCUACAGACAAACGCUACGAUGGAGGCGAACACGACCACACCAUCCCCGUCAAGAACCUGACCCCCCUGUCCAUGCCCCUCUCUAAGAGGGACAGUCUGUUGGAGAAGUGUGCCAUGUUCAGGGAGUUGGGAGGGGGGCUGAGCAGAUAUCCUUCACAGGACAACGGUCUAGAUGGACCCACAGGACCCAGCAAACUGGAGCAGGUGAAGUUGAUGCCUCCGGCGCCUAAUGAUGACCUGGCGUCUCUCAGUGAGCUCACAGACAGCAGCCUGCUCUACGAGAUGCAGAAACGCUUUGGCAACGACCAGAUAUAUACCUACAUCGGACACAUUCUCCUCCUGGUCAAUCCUAACAAAGACCUCCCCAUCUACUCUACACUGGUGAGUCAGUUGUAUCUGAGUUCUUCAGGUCGUUUGUGCUCCUCUCUGCCUCCUCACAUCUUCUCCUCAGCAGAGAGGGCCUACCACAUGAUGCUGCAGGAGCGACGCCCGCAAUGCUUCAUCCUCAGUGGGGAGAGUGGUUCUGGGAAGACGGUGGCCUGUAAACACAUAGUGAGACACCUUGCAGUGAGGUCCAGCCCUAAAGGCUUCUCUCUUGAGCCCAGGAUGAAGCACGUGAACUGUAUCCUGGAGGCGUUUGGUCAUGCCAGUACUCCUGUGAAUGACAACUCCAGUCGCUUCAUUAAACUCCUCAGCCUGCAGUACUGUGACAAGAGAAGGACACUACUCAGAGCGCGGAUAUACACAUACAUGCUGGAGAAGUCCCGGGUGGUCCACCUGCCCAGUCAGCAACACAACUUCAACAUCUUCUACCUGAUGGCUGAAGGCUUGUCGCCUGAGGAGAAGUGUACCCUGUACCUCAACAAUGUCCUAGCUCACAGGUACCUGAGUGCAGGUGUUCCAGCAGUAGAUUCCCCUCCUGUGGCCACUGCCUCAACUCAGAGUAGAGACCGUCUCACUGCAAUCAAACAGGCCCUCAGAGCACUGGGCUUCAAUAAACUGGAAGUGGACAGUGUGUUUAUGCUGCUGUCAGCAGUGCUGCAUGUUGGGGACCUGUGCUUCACAGCCCUGACAGACGCUGAGAUAGCCUACCCCUCUGACCUGCAGCUGCUGGAGCGAGUGUCUGGAAUGCUACAGGUGUGUUCUGAUGACCUGAGUACUGCCCUCACCUCUGAUGUGCAGUACUUCAAAGGUGAUGUCAUCACACGCCGCCACACGGUGGAAAUGUCAGAGAACUACAGAGACCAGCUGGCUAAGGCCGUGUACGGACGUCUCUUCAGCUUCCUAGUCAACAACAGUAACUACUACCUACAGGGACAGGACCACAGCACGGGAGAUCCAGCGCUUGAGAUUGGAAUCCUGGACAUCUUUGGAUUUGAGGAAUUCCAGAGGAAUGGAUUUGAGCAGCUGUGUGUGAACAUGACCAACGAGCGUGUAAGGCUGCACGUCUCAGAGGUGCUGUUCCAUCAGGAGCAGGCCGAGUGUCUACAGGAGGCCAUCGCCAUGGAGACGCUCCGGUCGCCCAGCAACCAACCCGCUGUUCUAGACUUUUUCUUCCUGAAGCCUCAGGGUCUGCUGUCUGUGAUGGAUGAGGAGAGUCAAUCGCUGAGACCUACAGAACAGACCCUCUACAAGAGACUGCAGUCACACCUCGACAACACACCCACACACGGUAUCUCCUUGACAACCAAGGACGGUAACGGCAACCCCCCUCCCAUAGACCAGGGUCCUGCCUUCACUGUGAAACACUACACAGGCCAAAUGGCCUAUGACCUCACAGGAACACUGGUGAAGAACAAGGACUCCCUCCCCCAAAACCUGCUUCUUGUUCUGAAGUCCAGUGAGAGUGUGUUGGUGCAGCAGUUGUUCAAGUCCAAGCUGACCCAGACUGGGUCUCUGGUACCGGCCCAGGCCAGAAUGGCUCUGAGAGGGCCCAAAGCAGCCCUGCUCCUUCACAGGAUGUCAUCCCACUCCAGCCUCUCCCCAGCAGGCCACGAGCCCCAGAGGUACCUGGACCUCACCAAGGUACUAGACAUAACUACUAUACCAUAUGACAUGUAAUGUGUAGCAUAGCAUACCGCAUACCCUCACCAAGGUAUGGAGGACUAAGUGACAUAACCAUUUACGAUAUGACAUACCAUACAUAGACAUCCGAUCUGAGUGACUCAAUAAGCAGUAGACAAGCCAGUGAUAGCCCUAAUAACUCAUGAGCCAUACCUACAGCCCAACCUCUCCCAACAGCCACUCGGGUAUUUAUUUAGUACUCAAUGGAACUUGUCCAGGUAAAAUCAAUAAGACCUCAGUUAAGUACUGCUAAUCAGUGUGUCGGUUCACUACUUGGUGUACUAGUCAGCGUGAUGUAUUUUGACUUCACAGUCAAUAGAAACAACAAACAGCUUAAACCAUCACUCAUCAGAAAACUCUAAAUUGGGCAUCCCCCUUAUGGUGAUUGGCAGUUAGGGGAGUUGGGGAUGACCAAUGUUGAAAGCAGGACAUGUCCAUGUCUGUGACACACUCUGUUGGAAGCUGGGGGUUCCGAUUGGAAUAGUAGCAGGCGGGAGUAGAGGAUCGAUGGAAAAGCAGGGAGAGUGUGUUGAGAAAAAAACUGUUUCCUAAAUUAGGCCACUUCCCAACAGACAGCGAAGUAUAGACUUCUGGCAAUAGCUUUAAUUGCCAGCUAAUAUAAUACAUUUAGAAACACGCACGCACGCACGCAC